AUGAACGAUCCGAAUGAUAUGAACAACGAUUGUGUCCGUCAAUUAUCUUACCCAGAUGAUUUUGAUGACGCAAAUCAACUGGUCAUUAAUUUACCAUCCCAAUCUCGUAUCCAAGAUUUCCACACUUCUGAUAUCUCUUUUUCUAUCCCCGAUAAUAUGUCAAUGAGUAGUAUAGACUACAGAGAUACCGAGACUUAUACAGACGAUUAUGCAUUAUACCAAGGUAAUCUCUCAGAAGGUGUUCAUCAGAGUAACGUUGACACACCGAAUGAACAAUUGAAUACACCUCUUCGCGGCCAAGUCGAAACCCAUACAAACCCUGGUCUGAUUCCAGUAUCUUUUCAGACAUUUUGUGCUCCUUCCGUCCCUUAUUCCGAUAUUAAUAUUAAUCCAACGAACGGCGGUCUGACUAAUGAUCAUUCUCAACAUUUCG